CGCUGCCCCGCCUGCCCUGCGGUGCCUGCCUGCUGCCCGCGCUGCCUCCUCUGCUCCCUCCGCCCGCGCCUGACCCCGCUCCGCCGCGGCCUCUUUUGUUGUGCCGUGCCGGGCAUGUGCCCGCGGCCGGGGCGCAGGGACGGGCAGGGUGUGUUCCCCCCUCCCGAUGUCGGUGUUGACAAUAAAUCCGGGAUCUCUUCUGCCAAUGUAAACCCGGGCCAGCUUGGCUCCCAGAUGGCCAAUUCCCUCAACGGCCGGAACCCGCGCAAGGGACGGAUCCUGGGCUUCAUCGAUGCCAUUCAGGAUGCUGUGGGCCCCCCCAAGCAGGCAGCUGCUGACCGCAGGACUGUGGAGAAGACCUGGAAACUUAUGGACAAAGUGGUAAGAUUGUGCCAAAACCCAAAGCUUCAACUCAAAAACAGCCCACCUUACAUACUUGACAUUCUACCUGAUACUUACCAACAUUUGCGACUUAUACUGAGCAAAUACGAUGACAACCAGAAACUUGCACAACUCAGUGAGAAUGAGUAUUUUAAAAUCUACAUUGACAGCCUUAUGAAAAAAUCCAAACGGGCCAUAAGACUCUUUAAAGAAGGAAAGGAAAGAAUGUAUGAAGAGCAGUCACAGGACAGGAGAAACCUUACAAAGCUGUCUCUCAUCUUCAGCCACAUGUUAGCAGAAAUCAAGGCUAUUUUUCCAAAUGGACAAUUCCAGGGUGAUAACUUCCGCAUCACCAAAGCCGACGCUGCAGAUUUCUGGAGGAAAUUCUUUGGAGAUAAAACUAUAGUGCCAUGGAAGGUGUUCAGGCAGUGCCUUCAUGAAGUUCAUCAGAUUAGCUCUGGUUUGGAAGCAAUGGCUCUUAAAUCUACUAUUGACUUGACCUGCAAUGACUACAUUUCAAUUUUCGAAUUUGAUAUCUUCACUAGAUUAUUUCAGCCAUGGGGCUCAAUCUUAAGGAAUUGGAACUUCUUAGCUGUGACACAUCCUGGAUAUAUGGCAUUCCUGACGUAUGAUGAAGUGAAAGCAAGGCUGCAGAAAUACAGCACUAAACCUGGGAGCUACAUUUUCAGACUGAGUUGCACUCGCCUAGGCCAGUGGGCCAUUGGCUAUGUGACUGGAGAUGGGAACAUCCUGCAGACCAUACCUCACAAUAAGCCUCUGUUUCAAGCUUUGAUCGAUGGCAGCCGGGAAGGAUUCUAUCUGUUCCCUGAUGGACGAAGUUAUAACCCUGAUUUGACAGGAUUAUGUGAGCCCACACCACAUGAUCACAUAAAAGUCACACAGGAGCAGUAUGAAUUGUACUGUGAAAUGGGUUCCACUUUUCAGCUGUGUAAAAUCUGUGCAGAGAAUGACAAGGACGUGAAGAUAGAGCCUUGUGGACACCUUAUGUGCACUUCUUGUCUUACAGCCUGGCAGGAAUCAGAUGGCCAAGGCUGCCCUUUCUGCCGCUGUGAAAUCAAAGGGACUGAGCCAAUCAUUGUGGAUCCUUUUGAUCCCAGGGAUGAGAAUUCCAGGUGCUGCAGUAUUAUGGAUAGCUUUAGUAUGCCCAUGUUGGACUUGGAUGAUGAUGAUGAUAGAGAAGAGUCUCUAAUGAUGAAUCGUCUGGCUUCAGUCCGAAAGUGCAAUGACAGGCAGAAUUCUCCAGUGACUUCCCCAGGAUCUUCUCCUCUUGCACAAAGAAGAAAACCACUUCCAGACCCCCUGCAAAUCCCUCAUCUUAGUCUUCCUCCUGUCCCUCCCCGUCUGGAUCUGAUUCAGAAGGGAGUAGCACGGUCACCGUGUGCCAGCCCAACCGGGUCACCCAAGUCGUCUCCCUGCAUGGUGAGGAAGCAGGACAAGCCUUUGCCAGCGCCGCCACCUCCCCUGCGAGACCCUCCGCCGCCGCCGCCGGAGCGGCCGCCGCCGCUGCUGCCGGAGAGCCGGGCCGCCAGGCUCCUGCACCCGGCCGAGGGCCUGCCCGCCCGGGAGCAGCCCGUGCCCCUCGAGGCCUGGUGCCCCAGGGACGUGUUCGGGAGCGGCCCGCUGGCGGGCUGCCGCGGCGGGGGCGACGCCUCCCCCAAGGCGGGCCUGACCGCCACUACGAACGUGAACGGGAGGCACGGCCGCGUCAGCGCGGAGCCGGGAUUCAUCAGGAAGCACCGGCGGCACGAGCUGCCCGCAGAAAGCGCCAAGGUUUUUUCCAAUGGUCAUCUGAUAAAUGAAGAAUAUGAUGUCCCUCCACGGCUUUCACCCCCUCUUCCAGCUGGCUCUGUCAUCCCUAGUAUAAAGUGCCCUGGUCCUUCAGCAAAUUCUCUGUCUGAUAAAUCAAGGGAACACCCAGAUGAUGAUGAUGAAUACAAAAUUCCUUCUUCACAUCCUGCAAUACUGAGCUCACAACCACCUCAUGGCCAUAAUAUAAAAUCUCUUGCUCGGGUGUGUGAGAACGGCCAAUGUGCGAAUGGAACCCACGGUGCUACUUCCGAGAUAAAGAAAUCGAAACACCCCGAGUCAGGAGAUGUCUAUGAUGCACCUACUGUUCCGGUACCUUUGCCUCCUGCACGGCCUCCUGCCAGAGACAACCCCAAACACAGCUCUUUGCUCAACAGGACACCCUCCGAUUAUGAUCUUCUGGUGCCCCCUUUAGGUGAAGAUGCAUUUGACAACUCACCCCCCUCACUCCCACCACCACCACCACCUGCUCGGCACAGCAUGAUUGAGCACACAAAACCUGUUGGCUCAGGGAGCCGACCCUCGUCAGGACAUGAACUGUUCCUUCAUUCUGAUCCCCAUUUUGACUCUAUAACUGGUCAUGUUCCUUUGCCACCUGCUCGGAGAGCACCUGGAGAAAAUGUCAAAACAAACAGGACAUCUCAAGACUAUGAUCAACUUCCUCCAUCUUCAGAUGGUUCACAAGCACCAGCCAGGCCCCCUAAACCACUUCCUCGGAGAACUGCACCAGAAAUACAUCACAGGAAAGCAUACAGCUCUGACAGUUCCAUGGAAAAUGUGGAUGCAAAAAUUGCAAAACUUAUGGGAGAGGGCUAUUCCUUUGAAGAAGUCAAGAGGGCACUUGAAAUUGCCCAGAAUAAUGUUGAUGUGGCCCGCAGUAUUUUAAGAGAGUUUGUCUGUUUUCCUCCACCAGUGUCCCCGCGUCUCAAUCUAUAGCAGCAUCAAGAUUUUCUUGGAGUAUAUGAAUUCUGCAGAUACACAUGUGGAUUGGGGAAUGAGAGGAAGAACAGAAUGGAAUAUUUUUAUUCAUCCUUAGCAGAAGGGUGUUUGUUUCCAGCCGUUUAUCAAAGGCUCCUGGCUGCUCUGAUCAAGACUUAUAAAUAUGCUGAGGCUUAUGUAUUUUUGCUAGCCAUACUUUUUUAAAUCAGGGUUGAACUUACAAAAUAAUUUAAAAAAGUUUACUUCCCUAGAACUUUUAAUCUGUGAAAUGCUUUUUCUUGUUUACAAGUUGGCAAGUUACAGUUUUCUAGUUUGUGCCUGUACUAUGUCCUGUUCAUAUUCCCUUGUACUUGUGGUCAGUUCUGCUGUAGCAUUCCCAACAGUUUCCAUGCUGACCACUUCAUCAACUAAAUCAUCACUUUCCAGGAGUUCUGUUUUUCUUUGGUCUUUUUUUUCUUUAACAAGAUGCUUUAAUUGUUUUUUGCAUUUCAGCUCAUCAAAUGCAAAAAGUAUGUGGCCUUCACUACUGAUUUUUUUUUUCUUCUGAGAUUCCUUUGCUUUUGAGAGAGGAGAUAUCUGAAUGUAAAAUACAUUAUUCUGUGAACUGCCUUUUUAAAGGUAUUUUGACAGUAAUGUUGGGCAGCUUUCUGUUUAACAAGAAUUCCAUGACCUGAA